GACAACUCCUUACUUUUGUUCUACAUAAUAACAUUUGUUUGAUAUUGUUAGUUCGCACAGAUUUGAUGAUUUAAACGUUACCUUUGUUUCUCACAAAAGGGACAUGUUUAUUUUUUUUAAAAAAAUCUAGCUAGCACACAACAGUGUCUAUUAUUUCACACGUGGACAAGACUUAAAAACAAAACUGUUAUUAGGGUGGUCGUGACAGUCGUGUAAAAACUAAUAGAAACGUGUAGCCUUCGGUGGGUCCAUAUGUUACAGUAAGAUUGAAAGCUCUACGUUUUUAUGUAAUUUAUUGGAAAGUGGAAUGCAAGUUAUCAUUUUAAAGAGUUUAAGUUAGGCCUACUUCAUGGCUGAAGGCAAAGUAUAAAGUGAUGCGCCUCAUUUAAUCCUUUGCCGUGUUUUAUCGAAAGUGGAUGAAGCAGUUCCGCCGUUCCGCCUGACUAAACUGUCACACAUUUGCGAACUAUCCCUUUAACAAACAUUUCGAUCGCGCUUGUAACGUCGGUGCCAAGCACUGCCCCUUUUGUAGUGGUUACCGACGCGGUCGCUAGAGGGCGCAGCUGAGACGCGCGUUCAACAGGAAAUGUCUUCGCAAAACAAAGCUGGGUAAUGAUCGGCACGCACAGUAGUGACUGUUGGAUACAGGAUCAGUGCAAACACUCCGCUACUGCACAUUUACAGCAAGCUGGCAGCGAGCGGUGCCUGCGCUUCUUUCUACUAUGCUUUCCAUAAACUCUCAAAACGGAUACAACGUUGCCCGAUGCUUCUUGCUCUGGUCGCUUGUGCCACUCAUCGCUGCAAAGGGAAAUGAUGUGGAGAGUCCAACAAAGAUCCGUGACACUGACAAACCUCCCUCUGAGAGUCAACUCGACUUGAGAGAAGUGGUGUUUGUCAUCCAGAGCCAGAGGAACUCUUUCCAUGUGCGGCAGGCGGAGAAACUCAGAAAAGACCUUCUGAUGCAGACAAAAGCUCUCCAAGAGAGUCCCCCUGUCAUCCUGCUGCUGCACACGCUGUCAGACAAUGAGGGAGACUGGAGCAUUCUCCCACUACUGCCUUACUUGUCGUCACAGUUUGGCAAGAACUCAUCUUGGAUCAUGUUUAUAGAAGAAGACACCAGAGUGAAACUCCAAAAACUUCAUGAAGUUCUCAAAAAAUUUGACCGCAGAAAAGAGUGGUUUCUUGGCAAGCCUCUACAUGAUGAAGAGUCCACUAUCAUCCAUCAUUAUGCCUUCUCUGAGAACCCUGCGGCUUUCGAGUACCCAGACUUCUCUGCUGGAUGGGCCCUUAGCAUCCCUCUUGUCAACAGGUUGAGAAGCAAAAUAGAAGAGGAGCCAUUAAAAUCAGACUUCACCAUAGAUCUGAAACAUGAGGUGGCACUGUACAUCUGGGAGGACGGGAAGGGACUCCGACUGACAGGGGUUCCAGAGUUUUGCACAGUACCAGAACACAAUCCAAGAGCUCAAUACUGUGCCACCACUGUCAGCAACCAAUCACCACUGUGUGGCCAGCCUGUUAAAGGCGACAACAUCUUUGUAGCGGUGAAAACCUGCAAGAAAUUCCAUUCCGACAGAGUUCCCGUGGUGAAGAAAACAUGGGGUAAACAAGCAUCUCUGCUGGAGUAUUACAGCGAUUAUGCCGAUUCCUCUAUACCCACCAUUAAUCUAGGAGUGCCAAACACAGAGAGGGGUCACUGUGGGAAAACAUUUGCCAUCUUAAGGAGAUUUUUGAGCAGUCACGUGCCUAAUACCGAUUGGCUGUUGAUUGUAGAUGAUGAUACUAUUAUAAGCUUGCCCAGACUGCAGGCUUUGCUGAGCUGCUAUGACUCCAGUGAGCCGGUGUGUCUGGGAGAGCGCUAUGGGUAUGGACUAGGUCAGGGAGGAUACAGUUACAUCACUGGUGGUGGGGGGAUGGUGUUCAGUCGAGAGGCUGUGGUCCAGCUGUUGGCCAGCGGCUGUAAGUGCUACAGUAACGAUGCUCCUGAUGACAUGGUGUUGGGCAUGUGUCUCAACGCUCUACGAGUUCCUGUCACACACAGUCCCCUCUUCCACCAGGCUCGUCCAGAGGAUUACGCCAAGGAGUUUUUGGCCCACCAGACCCCCAUUUCCUUCCACAAACAUUGGAAUAUAGACCCUAUCGCGGUGUUCAACAAGUGGUUAAAAAACGACAAACACGCAGAAGGACUACAGAAAAGCACUAAGGAGGAAUUGUAGUGACUGUGUGUGUGUGUGUGUGUGUGUGUGUGUGUGUGUGUGUGUGUGUGUGUGUGUGAGAGAGUAGUAACGUGUGUGUGUGUGUGUGUCUGGUCUGCGUCAUCAUUGUGCGUCCUUCAUUUUUCUCAUGUUUUCUAUAUAGUGAAUCUUGCACAAACGUGAAUGGAAGGGUGCCUUCUGGUCUGUAUGAAUGCCCUUGACCGUAUUUUCUUGGGAGCUGCAUGUCUUAAAUGUUUGUUGGAGACAUAUUUAUAUUACACGAUUAUCACAACCUGCUCAAGGUUAUUUGUAGGUUUAUUUUUAAACACUUUUGUUUUCUAAAAGAAUGGAAUUGUGAAUUAUAAUAUUGGAAUUUACGAUAAACUCUGAAUCCCGUUGCCUUAAACCUGUUUUUGCAGUGUCCUGAUUUCAGUAUUAAACACAGAAACCAGCUGCAUCUCAUGACGAAUGAGACUGUCGUGAA